AUGGAAGACAGUGUAUCUCCAAGUUCACCGGUUGCAGAUGAUGGAGGGAUGAUUGAUCUCAGUUCAUGCCCUACUAUCUUUGUCCUUCCCACCCAUAUAUCCCUGGAAGAGCUCCAUUCGAUCGAGAGUAUCCUUUCGAGAUGCGGUGCGCCAUUGACUUAUGAUAUCACAGAAGCGCGACUAGCGAUUGGUAAGGUCUCCCAUGAGAAACGUGCAGUGUUGGAACUUCGUUCAAAAGGGCUUUGGACAGAAAGUGUACCACUGGUAACAGAAGUUGAAGAGACUGCUCGGAAGCGGCGCCGACUUGAUGACGACGAUAAGAGCAUUCAAGUUGUCAACUUAAACUGGAUACACGAGUCGCUGAAAGCAAAACGGCCUCUACCAAUUGAUCCUUUUAUUGUUUAUCAAGGCCAUACGAUACCAAAACCGCCUACUUUAACUAUAGGGGAAACGUCUUCUAACUUGGGCUCACCGUGUGACUCUAAAGUUCGGGAUGUUUCUGCGAAACAAAGCCCUGCUAAGAGCAUUCUGGAAAGGGCGAGAGAGGAUGUAGCGUCUUCUCCAACACAAUUUAUCCCGUAUUCUCCGCCUCGUCGAAUGAAAGUCACAUCAAGCAGCCCUUCCAUCCAGAAACAGAGACCAAAAUUAUACCGUGCAUCUACAUCUGACCUUGAGGGAGAAUCUAUCCCGGAUCCCCCAGAGUGGGUGCGCAAUAAUGUUGUAUAUUCAUGUUGCCGCUCUACCCCGCUGCACCCACCAAACGAAGAAUUCAUAAACCAGCUACAAAUGGUCAAAAAGAUCAGAGAGUUAACCUUGGACGAAGUUGGAAUUCGUGCAUAUAGCACUUCCAUCGCUUCGCUGGCAGCAUAUCCGCAUAAACUGAAACUUCCCGAGGAAGUUGUGUCACUACCAGGUUGUGAGAACCGAAUCGCGAAUUUGUUCGCAGAGUGGAAACAUAGUAAAAAUGGAACUUUGGACUCCGCCACGCCACUCACUACUGACCCAGCACUGAGCGUCAUCCAUUCAUUCUAUAACAUUUGGGGCGUUGGAGCUAAAUCCGCUAGGGAAUUUUACUACCAGCGACAGUGGCGAGAUUUAGAUGAUAUUGUCGAGCAAGGAUGGGAUACGUUAUCUCGUGUCCAGCAGAUAGGAGUGAAGUACUACGAUGAGUUCCUGGCUGGAAUCCCAAGGGAAGAGACGGCAUCAAUUGCCGCGACGAUAUGGCGCCACGCAAAGCGUGUGAGACCAGAUGCUGAUUUUGAUGGCGAAGGAGUCGAAUAUAUUAUUGUUGGAGGCUAUCGGCGAGGAAAAGAAGUAAGCGGUGAUGUAGACGUUAUCCUUACCCAUCGAGACGAGAGAGUCACAUCCAACCUUGUCUUCGAUGUCGUUGCUAGCCUCGAGCAAGAAGGAUGGAUUACACAUACGUUGGCCCUGCAUCUCACAAAUACCAAUCGUGACCAGCAGACUUUACCAUAUCGCGGGGAAGCAAGCGGAAAGCCUAGAUUUGACAGCCUCGAUAAAGCUCUGGUGGUCUGGCAGGACCCUCACUUUGAAAAUACCCCGUCAUCGUCCCCAUCGUCUGAGCUUGAGUUCCCCGAGGACUGGCAGUCAAAUUCCCGCGGGUCAAAGGGAGAAAUAGGAAAAGCAAAAGAGAGCAAAGGGAAAAUGAAGCUACAAGAUCAUGCCCAUCAAGGUACGAGCCCUGGUGUCAUGGCCAAAGAGCUUGAAACAGCAACCGCGCGAAUCGCGGAAAAUCCCCGAAAGACAAACCCAAAUCUCCACCGGCGUGUUGAUAUCAUAGUAUCUCCGUUCCGUACCAUAGGAUGCGCAGUUCUUGGAUGGUCAGGAGAUACAACGUUUCAACGUGAUUUGCGUAGGUAUGCAAAAAAAGUACACAACUGGAAAUUUGAUUCUAGCGGUGUACGAUCUCGAGACGGAAGCGGAGGGAGGAUCAUUGACCUUGAGAGCAAAGGAAAGACAUGGCAGGAGAGAGAGAAAUUGGUUAUGGAAGGAUUAGGAAUUGGAUGGAGGCCGCCAACAGAGAGGUGUACGAGAUGA